AUGGGGAAGAAAGUACACCCCAAGUUUGAAAUCACAGGAAAGAAAGUAAGUCAAGCUUCUCUGAAAAUAUCUAAGAAUGACAAGAAACAGAUAAACAGCCUGAUAAAGGUUUUGAGACCCAAGGUCUACAUCACAGACUCUUCAAGCUUCAAAAGACUUGUUCAAGAGCUCACUGGCAAUGGAAGUCCUAUUUCAUCCCCUCCUCCUCCCUCUAUACAGUCACCAACUGAACAAGUCCCAGACGCCAUAGACAUUGAAGAUCAAAGUUACCCAGAAAGUGGUGACGACUUUUCAUUUGAUUUGUCAGAAUUAUGCUUCAUACCACCAAACCCUUUCACCAUUUUAGAAAAUUUACCUGAACCGAACAUAAAGACAUCAUUUACCGUACCAGACCGUUCUUUGGAGGCCAAUUAUGAUCAGAUGGAACUUUCACAGUACAGGGAAAUGGAGUCAUGGCUUUUAGAGAUAGAGCCGAUUCCAUUCUAUGAUACUUACGCUUCAAUAAUUCAGCAGGAUGUCUGUGUAUAUGACUAUGACUUAUCCGGGCUUCUAUGA